AUGGCCGGGUCUGUGGAGCGGCUGCAGCAGCGCGUGCGGGAGCUGGAGCUGGAGCUGGCCGAGGAGAGAGGCCGGAGGGCUGCAGGCCAUGGCGACGGAGGGGGCGGCCGCGUCCGCGUCGAGAAGAUGAGCUCCGAGGUGGUGGAUUCCAAUCCCUACAGCCGCCUGAUGGCAUUGAAACGAAUGGGAAUUGUAAACGAUUAUGAGAAAAUUCGCACUUUUGCUGUUGCCGUCGUCGGUGUUGGUGGAGUUGGCAGUGUGACUGCUGAAAUGCUCACAAGAUGUGGCAUUGGUAAGUUGCUGCUGUUUGACUAUGACAAAGUGGAACUGGCCAAUAUGAAUAGACUUUUCUUCCAACCUCACCAAGCAGGAUUAAGUAAAGUGCAAGCAGCAGAACACACUCUGAGGAACAUUAAUCCUGAUGUUCUUUUUGAAGUACACAACUACAACAUCACCACAGUGGAAAACUUCCAACAUUUCAUGGAUAGAAUAAGUAAUGGUGGGCUCGAGGAGGGGAAGCCUGUGGACCUGGUUCUUAGCUGUGUGGAUAAUUUUGAAGCACGGAUGGCAAUAAACACAGCUUGUAAUGAACUCGGACAGACGUGGAUGGAAUCUGGAGUCAGUGAGAACGCUGUUUCGGGUCACAUCCAACUCAUCAUCCCCGGGGAGUCAGCUUGCUUUGCGUGUGCACCCCCUCUUGUGGUCGCGGCCAACAUUGAUGAGAAGACUCUGAAGAGGGAAGGGGUUUGUGCAGCUAGUCUUCCCACCACCAUGGGUGUGGUUGCUGGCAUCCUGGUACAGAACGUGCUGAAGUUUCUGCUGAAUUUUGGUACCGUUAGCUUUUACCUUGGCUACAAUGCGAUGCAAGACUUCUUCCCCACCAUGUCCAUGAAGCCCAAUCCUCAGUGUGAUGACAGGAACUGCCGGAAGCAGCAGGAGGAACAUAAGAAAAAGGCAGCAGCCCUGCCCCCACCGGAGGCUGUUGAAGAGGAGGAAGCCGUAGUGCAUGAGGACAACGAGUGGGGAAUCGAGUUGGUAUCAGAGGUUUCAGAAGAGGAACUGAAAAAUUCUACAGGCCCAGUUCCAGCCCUACCUGAAGGAAUUACAGUGGCAUAUACCGUUCCCCAAAAGCAAGAUGAUUCUGGACUUGAAGUAACAGUGGAAGAUUCUGGUGAAAGUUUGGAAGACCUCAUGGCCAAGAUGAAGAAUAUGUAG